AUGAAGAAUGAGACGGGAUUAAAGAACAUGGAAGAAAAAGGAGAAAAGUUGGUAGAGUAUUCAUAUAAAAUAUACUACUUUGACUUAAAAACAAGCGUAGAAUUUCUUAACAAAGAAAUGGAAGAAAUUAUUGUGCCAAAGGAAGAAGACGAGGAGGAUGAUACUGAAAAAGAAAAAUCAAAUACUUUAAUAUAUGACGGCUAUAAUGAAUAUAAAGGAAGGCAUCAUCCAAUAGAAAAUGUUGGUUCCGGUUACUUAAGGCACAAAAAACUAAAGAGUUUGGCAAAAAUUCUGAGCUUAAAUGAAAAAAAACCUGUUGAGCGUUUAGCACUAAUUGAUGAGCCAGAACUUUUUUUGCAUCCAUCCUUAAUCGGUGACAUAGCAAAUUCUAUUAAGGAAUUAGAAAAAAAAGGUGUCACUUUAAUUAUGACAACUCAUUCUCCCUUUUUUCUUUCUCAAUUUAUUCAUGAAAAGGGAGUAAAUUUAGCUAUAGCCAAGGGAGAAGGGGGAGGUUUAAGUAAACUGUUGUAUUUUUCAGAAAUAAUAGAAAAUGCAAAAAGAAUUAUUGUAGAAGCCACUUCUUUAAGAAGUAAAAUUCCAGAGUUUGACGGUAUUGAAGUUAUACCAAUCUUUAAUGAAGACGAAAAUUUAGUAAAAAGAGCAGGGCCGAUGUUAAUAUUUUCAAGGUUGUUAAGCCAAAGAGAAAAAGAAGAAAAAAAGGACAAAGAAAGAAACUUAAAAAAAGAAAAACCAUUUCAAAAUUGCCGACAUGCUACCAAGUGCACUCGAGAAAAAUUACAUAAGCCAGGAAAAGAAGUGCCAACUAACGAUAUUUUGCCAAACGACAAUUUAAUUAUUAAAGGCAAUAAUCUUCUUUCUCUUUAUUCAUUAAAAGGAAAGUAUCAGGGCAAAAUCAAAUUAAUUUAUAUUGACCCGCCUUAUAAUCCGGAUAUAGCCAAAAAAUUACUGACGAGUGAUGGUUGUCUAAUUGUGGCGAUUGACAAGAACGAACAAGCCGAAUUGACUGUUUUAUUGAAAGAAAUAUUUCGCGGUUAUGAAAUUCAUGUUAUAACUAUCGUUCAUAAUCCAAGGGGAGCACAGGGGGCAAAUUUUUCUUAUACUCAUGAAUACGCUAUUUUUGUUAUUCCCGAAGGCAAAAAAACGAUUGGCGGAGAGAGUUUGAGAACGGACGCUAAAAAUUGUUUUCAUCCUAUUAUUGUUGAAAAUGAAAAAGUAAUCAGUUUUGGAGAAGUAGUUGCCGACGAUUAUCAUCCGGAAAAGCAGACGACCGAGAAAGAAG